AUGAUUUCCAGUGACAUAAUUUUUGGGAUCUUCUUUAUCUUUCAAACUUGUAUUGGUUUCAUGGGGAAUUCUUUGUUAUUUACAUUAUAUAUGUACACUUUCUUAAUUCUUCCUCAUAAGAAGAAGCCUUUAGAUAUGAUUCUGGCCCACUUAACUUUGCCUAAUGCCCUGACACUCAUAUUCAGAGGGAUUCCAAUUAUAAUGUCAUGCUUUGGAAUUAGGCUGAAGAUGGGCAAUGCUGGAUGUAAAAUAGUGCUCUAUAUUCAGAGAGUUACCCUGAGUAUUUCUCUGUGCACCACCGCUCUUCAGAGUAUGUUUCAGGCAGUGACUAUUACUCCAAGUAAUCAUAAAUGGGCCUGGCUCAAGCACAGAAUCUCUAUAUUCAUUCAACCUUCCUUACUUUUCUUCUGGAUGAUCAACAUGUCCAUCUAUUCUGUGGUCAUUUUACAAACUGAGGCCAAGAGGAAUGCUACUGUUGAUGGACUUGGGUAUUAUAGUCCUUAUUGCAAAAACAAUGCAUAUGAUCACCGUAUAGCACCAGUAUUUCUAAGUAUAGUAUUCAUUCGAGAUUUUUUUCUCUCUCUGAUGACAUGUAAUAGUAUUUACAUGGUGAAUAUCCUUUACAGACACCACCAAACAGCUCAGAAUGUUCGCAAUAGCAUCCAGUCUUCAUUACCCUCUCCUGAAAACAAAGCUACCCAUGUUAUUCUCAUACUGGUGAGCUGCUUUGUUUUCUUUUACUGGACCAACACCUUUUUUACUAUUUAUGCAUUUUAUACAAGUAAGAAAAAGCAGCAACUGGAGAAAUUUAGCAACUUUUUUUCAUCAUGUUACCCAACCAUCUGUUCUUUCUUUCUAGUUAAAAAUGAGAAUAGAAUUUCUAGAAGAAAUUUCAUGAAAGCAAGAAUCAGAAUUUCCUCUUCUUGA